AUGCGGAAAGUUUCAUCGUGUCUGUGCCAGGAGCCCGAGCCCUGCCGGCCUGGCUUCAGCGCGGAGACCUACACGUUCCCGGUCGCCCGGCGCCACUUGGAGAGAGGCAGAGUUCUGGGCAGAGUGAGUUUUGAAGGAUGCACGGGUCGGCCAAGGACAGUCUACUACUCCGAGGACACCCGAUUCAAAGUGGCUACCGACGGGGUGGUGACAGUCAAACGGCAUCUACAACUUCACACUCCACAGACCAGCUUUCUUGUCCAUGCCUGGGACUCCACCCGCAGAAAGUUCUCGACCAAAGUGACGCUGAAGGCUACUGAGCAGCUCCACCACCGCCACCACCUACAUGACCACCACCAACAUGACCACCAACAACGGCAUCAUGACCCUGUGGCUGGGCCCCAGAAAGAAGUACUCAUGUUUCCCAGCGUUCACCACGGGGGCCUUCGAAGACAGAAGAGAGACUGGGUUAUCCCUCCAAUCAGCUGCCCAGAAAAUGAAAAGGGCCCAUUUCCUAAGAACCUGGUUCGGAUCAAAUCUAGCAGGGACAAAGAAAUUGAAGUUUUCUACAGCAUCACUGGUGAAGGAGCCGACAGACCUCCUGUUGGUGUGUUUGUGAUUGAAAGAAAAACCGGAUGGCUGAAGGUGACCCAGCCUCUGGAUAGAGAAGAAAUAUCCAACUACACGCUCUUGUCUCAUGCCGUGUCUUCGAAUGGAGAGUCCAUUGAAGACCCGAUGGAGAUUGUGAUCACGGUGACGGAUCAGAAUGACAACAAGCCCAUCUUCACCCAGGAAGUCUUUGAAGGGUCUGUCAUGGAAGGCGCUGUCCCAGGAACCCCGGUGAUGCAGGUCACAGCCACAGAUGCAGAUGACGAUGUGAACACCUACAACGCCGCCAUCGUUUACACCAUCGAAGACCAAGAGCCUAAGCUGCCUUACGACAACAUGUUCACCAUCAACCGCGACACAGGAGUCAUUGGCGUGGUCACCGCCGGGCUGGACCGAGAGAGUGUUCCUCAGUACACCCUGGUGGUUAAAGCUACUGACCUUCAAGGAGACGGCUUAAGCACAACAGCGAAAGCUGUGAUCUUCAUCACUGAUACCAACGACAACCCACCCGUCUUCAAUCCGACCGUGUAUGUUGGUAAGGUUUUUGAGAAUGUUGUGGAUGCGACAAUCACCACCCUCAAAGUGACUGAUGCUGAUGUCCCCAACACCCCCGCAUGGGUGGCCAAGUACUACAUAUUGAAUGAUGAACAGGAGCAAUUUGUUGUGAUCACAGAUCCAAUAACAAACGAUGGCAUUUUGAAAACGGCCAAGGGCUUAGAUUUUGAGGCCAAGCAGCAGUACACUCUCUUUGUGGCCGUGGAAAAUGUGGACCCCUUUACAGUCACUCUUCCCACCUCGACAGCCACAGUGACUGUAAACGUGGUGGAUGUGAACGAAGCUCCCAUUUUCAUGCCUCCUGUCAAGAAAGUGGAAGUGUCCGAAGACUUUACCGUGGGCCAGGAAAUUACAUCUUAUACUGCCCAGGAACCAGACAAGUUUAUGGAACAAAAGAUAUCGUAUCGAAUCUGGAGGGACUCUGCCAACUGGCUGGAGAUUGAUUCAGAGACGGGGGCCAUUUCCACCCGGGCCGAGCUGGACAGAGAGGCCGAGGACCACGUGAAGAACAGCACAUACACAGCUCUCAUUAUCGCGACCGAUGAUGGUUCUCCCAUCGCAACUGGCACAGGAACCCUUAUCCUGAUCCUCUCUGAUGUGAAUGACAAUGGCCCCAUACCAGACCCUCGCAAGAUGGACUUUUGCCAGAGGGACCCACAGCCCCAUACCAUCAACAUCAUCGAUCCCGAUCUUCCACCCAACACUUCCCCAUUCAGAGCAGAACUGACGCAUGGGGCCAGUGUCAACUGGUCCAUUGAAUACACAGAUGCAGCCCAAGAAUCUCUCAUCUUGAUGCCAAAGGGCCAUUUAGAGCUGGGCGACUACAAAAUCAACCUCAAGCUCACGGAUAACCAGAACAAAGACCAGGUGACCACCUUGGAUGUGCUGGUGUGCGACUGCAAAGGGGCUGUCAACAACUGUAAGAGGACUGUGGCGUUGGCCGAGGCAGGCCUGCCGGUCCCUGCUAUCCUGGGGAUUCUUGGAGGGAUCCUCGCUUUCCUGAUCCUGAUUCUGCUGCUCCUGCUCUUUGUUCGGCGGAGAAGAGUGGUCAAGGAACCCUUACUGCCCCCAGAAGAUGACACUCGGGACAAUGUUUAUUACUACGAUGAAGAAGGAGGUGGAGAAGAGGACCAGGACUUUGACCUGAGCCAGCUGCACAGGGGCCUGGAUGCUCGCCCUGAAGUGAUCCGCAACGAUGUGGCACCAACCCUCAUGAGCGUCCCCCAGUACCGUCCCCGCCCUGCCAACCCGGAUGAGAUCGGAAACUUCAUUGUCGAAAACCUGAAGGCUGCCGAUAGCGACCCCACGGCUCCCCCGUACGACUCUCUGCUGGUGUUCGACUAUGAAGGAAGUGGUUCCGAAGCGGCCAGUCUGAGCUCCCUGAACUCCUCGGAGUCGGACCGAGACCAGGACUACGACUACUUGAACGAAUGGGGCAAUCGCUUCAAGAAGCUGGCCGACAUGUACGGAGGCGGCGAGGAUGACUAGGGGACUUACCGAGGAGGAGAGCGAGCCAUCCCCACACCCCUGUGACGACAGAACACGCAGAAGGAACGUCCCUCUUGGUUUUCAGCUCCCUUCACUUGCGAUGAGUUCUGGGCAAGAGAGACCGCAGUCGGUCUUGCGUUAGGAUUGCUCUGAUUUCUGCUUUGUUAUUCGAACCUGUUUGUGUUAGAGAGGCUUUGACUUGUCUCCUGAAUCCUUUUUCCUUUCAGCCCUCUCUACAUAGUGAGAAUGUCGAAAAAGACCCCUAAACUUUUUUACUCUUUCCAAAGAACCGCUGCAGCCUCCGGAUGCUGUCCACCCCUCACGGAUGGCCCCAGGGUCUCUGUCUCAUUUUCAGAAGGAAGGAGGGGUUGAUUGCCCUGUUUUUGUUGUUUGGUAUACGUGAUUUCUUCUUAAUUUGUGGGUUGUUUCUCAACACUGCCCUGGUGUCCCAUGUCCUAAUACCCACGCUUCCUCCUCCUGAAUUCCACUGCGCUGAGCCGGACGGGAUUCUCUGAGCUGAGUUCAAGACCGCCAGAACUUUCCAGGUCACGGGCAGCGGGUCUUAACACUGGCUAGAUCUCCACUGGGGACUACUGCAUACGUUCAAGACCCUUGACCUAUUUUUUAUUUUGUAUGUAACUUGAAACAGGCACCUACCUAUCCAUUGACUGGCUUUGAGUAGGAAUGUGUGUGAUGUGAAUGUCAUUGUGGGGCACACUGCUUCUCAGCAGGGUGCUUUGAGCAGUAACCAUGGGGAGUCUUCAAGUGCCACUUAAUUUUUAAUGUGGAACAAAAUCACUGGAACAAAAUCAGUGACAUGUUCAAGACUUAGAAUAGUGCCUAAAGUGCUGUAGCCAAAAUCGGAAGCCAGCGAUGAAGAGCAGACUGGAUGUGCAGAGUGAGAGGGUGAGGGCUUGAGGUGGGUGGAGGUGGGUUCAGUGUUGAACCUGGCAGUUGGGUAGACUGAUGUUGUGGGUGGCCGAGAGGUGGGUCUACUCAUAUCUGUGAACAUUCUUCCAGAAUGGAAACAUCUCAACAUAUUUCUUCCCAGGAUGCUUAUACUCUGUACCCGAAGCGCAGACUUCCCAAGUGCCUGCUUUUGGUCAGGUCUACAGAAAACGCUGGCUGAUCUGGGUGCAUUUGUCCCAAAUUUGAAGUGUGUGUGUAGAAAAUGGAGAAUAUUAGAAAACUCAUAUUCUUUCUUAGGAGCAGA